AUGUGGCUGUACCUGGCCAUCCUCGUGGGCCUGUGCUACCUUCUGCGCAGGUACCGGGAGACACAGGUGGUGAGCCACCUCCAGGACAAGUAUGUCUUCAUCACGGGCUGUGACUCGGGCUUCGGGAACCUGCUGGCCAGGCAGCUGGACCUACGAGGCUUGAGGGUGCUGGCUGCAUGUCUGACAGAAAAGGGGGCCGAGCAGCUGAGGGGCCAGACGUCAGACAGGCUGGAGACGGUGAUCCUGGAUGUGACCCGCACAGAGAGCAUCGCUGCGGCCACCCAGUGGGUGAAGGAGCGCACGGGGGACAGAGGUCUCUGGGGCCUGGUGAAUAAUGCUGGCAUCUCUGUGCCCACGGCACCCAAUGAGUGGCUGACUAAACAAGACUUCGUGAAGAUACUCAACGUGAACCUGCUGGGGGUGAUCGAGGUGACCCUGAGUCUGCUGCCCCUGGUGAGGAAGGCAAAGGGCCGAGUGGUCAAUGUCUCCAGCGUCUUUGGUCGUGUGGCCUUCAUUGGUGGGGGCUACUGCAUCUCUAAGUAUGGCGUCGAGGCCUUCUCAGACUCCCUCAGGAGGGAGCUCUCCCACUUUGGGGUGAAAGUGGCUAUCAUUGAGCCCGGUUACUUCAAGACUUUUGUGACCAGUACUUCGGAGCUUACUAGGAACAUCCAAGAGGCCUGGGAUAAGGCCAGCCCAGAGGCCAAGGAGGCCUAUGGGGAGAGGUUUCUGGCACACAGCCUGAAACGAAUUGGAUCAUUGGAUAAAAUGUGCUCACAGGAUCUGUCCUUGGUGACCAACUGCAUGGAACAUGCUCUGACCGCCUGCCAUCCCCGCACCCGAUACUCACCUGGCUGGGAUGCCAAGCUCAUCUACCUUCCCAUGAGCUACAUGCCCACCUUCCUGGUGGAUGCCAUUGUCAAGUGGAAUAAACCAAGACCUGCUAAGGCCAUGUGA